UUCUCUUGUAGGAGGAAUAUAUGCACAUUUGAUGCCCAUGAAGGAUUAUUUUCCUAAAGCUGUAUACACAUUUGAUAUCGGUCAGAAUGAUCUUGGUGAGGGAUUCUUUGGUAACAUGACUGUAGAGGAAGUCAAUGCUUCUAUCCCUGAUAUUCUUGACAAGUUCUCUCUUAAUGUUAAGAAUAUAUACAAGUUGGGAGCUAGAUCAUUUUGGAUCCACAAUACUGGACCAAUUGGUUGCCUUCCCUAUAUUUUGGCCACUUUUCCAUCAGCUCAAAGGGACAGUCAUGGCUGUGCAAAUCCUUAUAAUGAUGUAGCUCAGUCUUUCAAUCACCAGUUGAAGGAGGCCAUUGUUCAACUCAGGAUCGAUCUUCCUUCAGCUGCAAUCACAUACGUAGAUGUCUACUCUGUCAAGUACUCCCUUUAUAGAGAACCACAGAAAUACGGAUUUGAGCUUCCACUCGUUGCAUGUUGUGGCUAUGGAGGAAAGUACAACUUCAGCAGUAGUGUUGGGUGUGGAGGAACAGUGACAGUGAAUGGAAGCCAAAUGUUUGUUGGUUUAUGUGAGCGCCCCUCGGUCAGAGUAAACUGGGAUGGAGUUCACUAUACUCCCUUGUGCAGCUUCCUCAAUUCCAUAUUCAAAGAUGUGAAGAGCAUUGUAUUUUUUUUUUUUGAAAUAGUAGCAGAAUUGUAAUGUAUUAUUAUUUAUUUUGUUCUU